AUGCCCCAUUUCUUCGACCUGCCCCGCGAGGUGCGGGAUCUGAUCUACGGCCAAUACGUCAUUUCCGACGGCGGUUAUGUAUUGGACUUCGAAAGUAACACCCUCAAAUGUGCCAAUGGCGACAACAUCGACCUUGCCUUCAUGCUCACUUGCAAAGCUGUGGCAAAUGAACUGAGAACCGUGCCGUUCUCUACAAAUACUCUCAACUUCUCCACGAUAUGCUCAGAAGAGUGCCGCAUCACCGCAGGCCGUUUCGAUGAUCUGGUCGCGCAACUACAUGAUCAGCUUGGAGAGAAGUUCUUCAGUAUUUAUCCCGACAAUCUCAGCGUCCCGGACGAUGUUUGGAGGGAGCUGGUGCAAGACCAUCCAAAGUUUGCACCAUAUAUCGAAAGGAUAAAAGGCAGGACAACCUUAUGGGUCCCAAAUGAUGAGGGCAAGCUGAGGCUACGAGACGCCUACCGAAAUGUCAGUCCUGCUGGCUCCUGUGGAGAAACACCGUCUACUUUCCGCCAGUUCUCUCGUGCCGCACUGUGUACCAUUGUGGCACACAAAGACCGGUUCAGCCGCGAGCAAUUCGAGGAUUUUCAGACCGGAAUGUUCGUCGUAGGAGAGAAUGUCAAAAAGUAUGGUGGACCGCCCCCAGUAAAUCUUGAAGCUCUUGUCGAAGUGAACCCCGAUCCCUGGGAAGUUCCGACUUCAAAAAGAGUUGAAGAAAUGGCAGGUCGCAUCAAAAAUGAUGACCGAGAAUUGAAAAGGAAACGGCUGAGGGACUUGGAUCAAGUUCUAUUUGGUCCGCGUAUGCUCGAUACGAGCCUGAUCAAGUAUCACUAUUCAGCUGCAGCUACAGCCAUACGAUUCUUCAGGUCUGUAUCAAAGGAUACCCGGCUCGGGAUCAGAAAUGUUCUCCUCAAGGAAGAACGUUUAGCAGUCGCUUUUCCUGAAUGCCAUGGUCUUGGACUCAUUCCAUUUUGCCUGGAGAACCCGCAGCUUCGUGUGGAGCGACGCGUCAACAUGUGGAGAGCUGUCUUUCCAACUACACUUAUGGAUCUACAUGAAAGACGCUUAUUGUACAAGCCCACAGACAGAACAUUCCUUCAACCGAUGUACGUUUCCUCCCAAGUAGCGAUUUGGGUCCAGGAAGCCUUGGAACUUGAACAUGCUGGAAUGCCACAAGGUUCGUUUACUCUUGUCUUCGAUGGUGACUCGUCGUGUUCGGAGAUCUUCAAAGACAUAGUUCAGCGAGACGCGGCCUGGCAGCAAGCAAUCGACAUAUGCUUGGACCGAAGCAUUCUUCCGCCGCUGCGCUGGGACGUAAGGCGAAGAGACGCAAGGCAUGAGAAACGUGGCAGGCGGGAGGAUCGGACCGAAGUUUUUAGAGAAUCAGACAAUGCCUGGUACGUACGCGAGGGGUUUCCACAGGCGAUAAACGAUAUCGUAGCUGGGAAGUCCAUCGUCAAGUGCAACUUCUGGGUGGGUGAUGUAUGGGAUGUCGAACGACUGGCAGAGGAGAACAAGCAGUGGAGCAUGCAGCAAUGGAAAACGGCUUGGUAUGAUCAGCUCACAACGAGACACUUUGAGCCUGAUCCGCCCUCUCCUGGCUGGGUACAGCUGCUGUGCGAUGACACGUUUGAGACAGGGUUGCCUAGCACUGAAUGA